AUGGUUUCGCGAUCCCGCGGUGCCCACGUGUUGGUUUGGGAGCAGCCUGGUUUGGAGGACCAGCGUCCAGGGAGCAAGGCCGGUGGCCUCGGCACCCGUCACUGGGUGACGUUCAUGCUAUUCCUUGGCAUGGCAAACGCCUACAUCAUGAGAACAAACAUGUCCGUCGCCAUUGUAGCUAUGGUGAAUCACACGGCUUUACCCGUCAUCUCAGAGCCGACAGAUACUGAAUGCGGAGUUCCAAUUGGCAAUGAGACCCAUGCGUCGACACAAGAUGGUUCGUUCGUUUGGAGCUCAACGCUACAAGGUUACAUCUUAUCCUCAUUCUUCUAUGGAUAUGUUAUCACACAGAUACCCUUCGGAAUCUUGUCUAAAAGGUUCGGAGCCCGUUACUUCCUGGGUAUCGGUAUGUUGGUGAACUCAGUGUUCGGUCUCUUGGUGCCGGUCGCUGCUGAAGCUGGCUACGAAUGGCUCAUCCUGGUCCGAUUCAUUCAAGGUUUGGGCGAGGGACCGAUCGUUCCUUGCACACACGCCAUGUUGGCAAAAUGGAUUCCGCCUAACGAAAGGAGUAGGAUGGGAGCCGCCGUAUACGCCGGUGCACAAUUCGGUACGGUGAUCUCUAUGCCGCUAUCCGGUCUUCUGUCAGCAUACGGUUUCUCUGGCGGUUGGCCAUCCAUCUUCUACGUGUUCGGUCUAAUCGGUACUGUCUGGUGCCUUGCUUUCUUGUUCUUCGUCUCCGAAGACCCGGAACAGUGCCCCACCAUUAAGGAGGCUGAGAAGAAGUACAUCUUGAGCUCGCUAUGGGGUGCCGCUGGAUCCAGCUCACCACCAAUUCCUUGGAGCAAGAUUCUGCUAUCAACACCCUUCUGGGCUAUCAUGUUGGCACACAUGGGACAGAACUACGGUUACGAGACCCUCAUGACAGAGCUGCCAACCUUCAUGAGACAAGUGCUGCACUUCUCUAUCAAGGAUAACGGCUUCGUAUCUGCCCUGCCCUACCUGUGCAUGUGGCUGUUCUCCAUGUUCAUCUCAGUGGUCGCCGACUGGAUGUUGUCCAGUGGACGGUUCAACCACACGCAAGUCAGGAAAGUCAUCAACAGUAUUGGUCAAUAUGGUCCGGCCGCUGGUCUGUUCAUCGCCGCCAACACUGGUUGCAAUCCUGCUGCCACCGUCGCCAUCUUGGCUGUCGGUGUCGGUCUCAACGGUGGUAUCUACUCCGGUUUCAAGGUCAACCACUUGGACAUCUCACCGCGUUUCGCCGGUGUCCUGAUGGCGUUCACCAACUGCUUGGCCAACUUGACUGGUCUGCUUGCACCUAUCGUCGCUGGAUACAUCAUUGAGGGCAGGCCCACUCAAGCGCAAUGGAAGAAAGUAUUCUACAUCGCUGGCGGUGUGUACAUCUUCUGCGCCACAUUCUACAACGUGUUCGCUUCAGGCAGAAGACAAGACUGGGACAACCCUGCUGAUGACGAGGCUAAUGCCAAGAAAGCAGCCGAUAAGAAAGCCAUCAAACAAGAGAAGAAAGCCGCCAAGAAUCAGAGUGAAGCGGAAACAGCGCAAUAG